CUCUUACUCUCGCUUCCUCUUUUGCUCUUUCCUCGUCUAUUCAUCUUUCUCGCGUUUUCUCUCUCCCCUACUUACUACUCUGUCUCUCUGUCUCUCUGUCUCUUUCUCUCUCUCUCUUUCUAUCUAUCUAUCUAUCUAUCUAUCUAUCUAUCUAUCUAUCUAUCUAUCUAUCUCUCUCUCCUUCUCUUUCUUUCUUCUCCUCUUUCUCUCUUUUUCUGGCUCACCGUGCCUCCGUUCCAUGCGUGCCCGUUCCUUUUCGACGUUUCGCGCGUGAUCUACUCCACUACUCCACUGUAGUUUGCGUUCCCCGAGCCGCGUUUAUUCCGACCAAACUAUAAACAACAACAGAGAACGCGAGUCGAGCGGACGCUCGAGCAGGAGUCCGCGAAGUGUUCUGGCCCAAGAUUGCUGUUGCAGUUGGAGUUAUUUACAGUCGCGCACGAAUAUGUUAACGUUACAAGUUCUCGUCAAAAGUGCACAAAGUAUGGAGAAGAGACAGCGUUAAUGUCGUCGGUAUUAAAUUCGAGAGGGCCAACUAAGGGACGUGGUGGUUGUUAAAAUACAAGAAAGACACGGAAAAGAAUAGGAGAAAGACGAAAGCUGAUCCUAGUGAUCCUGUUAAGUAGAGGUCAAUGGAGCCGUCUUGAUGCAGGCUGCAAAACUACGUGGGGAUUACCCAUCGUGGUCGUCGGGCUGAUUUCAACGGUGAACAGUGGCGAUUCCACCCGUGGCCGUGGGUGGAAGAGCCGUUUUCAUCACCGUCAACGACGAAUAGUACAGCCACUUCCGCUUCCUCCACCCCACGUGGCCGAAUCAUUACCUGAUAAGAGCUGGAGAAGCGGCCGCAGCCGCAGCCGCCUCGGAGCUCUGAGGAGCUGGAGGAUCUGCACAAGCUGCUGCACUUCCCCGAGGAGGUGGCGCUCAGGUUGACGGAGACCGAAUACCAGCUGUUCUACCAGAUACCACCGGAAGAGUACCUCAGGCACGUGGCACAAGAUCAGAACACGAAAUCACCUGCCAGGCCACCCCCGUCGCCGAGUCGCAGCUAUUGCAAUCCCAGCACCACGAACAGCUCGACCCAGACCGAGGAAGAGUCUAACUGGCCUGUUUCCAACCUCUUUUCUUCCGUUCGAACGCUCAUCAAACGUUUUAAUGAGGUAAGCUUAUGGGUUACUCACGCGAUCGCAAGUGGCGCAACGUUAGAAGAAAGGCAGGCGGUAUUGUCCUGUCUCCUACGAGUAGCUCAGACCUGUUGGAAUACCGGAAACUUUAACUCAGCCAUGGAAAUUGUCGCCGGUCUCAAGUGCCACAAGCUAAAGCCCUUUUGGCAAAGUGUGAACGAUCCAGUACCAGUUUUGGAAAAUCUAUCCUCCGCCCUUUUGUCUGCCGAGUAUGAGUACGCGCUUGCUCGCUCCUUGGCAAUGCCAGAAUGUCCAGUGGUGCCGUUCUUUGGAGCUUUUUUGCGGGAAUUGCGGGAAGUCAUCGCGUUCGAGUCCAAGUCUCAGCAUGAAUGCAAGGACCACGACGAGUCGCCGCGUAGCAGCAGCAAGGUUGCCGAGCCCGAAAACGUGUCAUCUUCGGGGCAAACGGCAAAAAUUGCUAUCGAUACCAGCACCGAAUCACCCACGGAAUGGAAUCCGAGGAAUAGUUCCUUGAAGAAGCAAGAGAACGCUCCAGUCCGUGAUACAAGCUCUGUUCUCGAGAAAAUUGCCGAAUUUCAUAAGCACCAACAUGCUCGAGGCAGAGACGCGACGACUGGCUCGCUUCAUCGCACGCUCAGCAUUCAUACGACCGCGAUCGAGCAAACCUACAUGGCCGAAGAAUGUGACGAGAACGACUAUCAUUUCGAUCUCGAUUCCUACAAGCCGGUACAACCGAUCACGUUCGACCAUGGGGUUGCGUUAUUUCCCGUCGCUGCUCCGCACUCCGGAAUGGAUCUGCAUCUUUUGCAGGUAUUGCAUCACGGGACAACGUUGGUGCAUUGGGACUGCGAAGGCGGUACGACGAGGACGGCCUUAGUAUUCGCGCGAGUGGAUCGCGCUUGCGGUACCUUCGUGUGGGAAAAGCCACCCUGGAGUCCAUUGAAAACUGCCCAGCUGGGAGGUACAGCUUCUGCAGAUUUUUCGCUAACUGCCAAUCCAGAAGACGUGGUAUCGGCCGGUUUAGUAGGGAGAUAUACCAUGCAACAGACGGACUGCGCUUCCGUGACGCUGGAAGAGGGAUUUUUGGACCUGAGCUCCGUCAAGGAAGUCAUGAUCGGCUGUUGCGAUCGGGACAGAGAGACCGACCUCAGAAGCAUUUACAAGAGAUACGGUCUAUCGGGAUCCGAUUCAUGUAUCGGCCUUAUGUACGGCUCCAGUCUGCCGGACAAUCGACUGAUCUUUCUCCUUUGCCCUCCUGCGCUUAGCAAAAUUUGGUACAUGGGUCUUUGUUGGAUACUACGAGGCCUGAAACGGCAACAACAAUUAACAGAUCGUAGAUCGCGAUGGUUAAAAGAAAAAUAUCUUCAGCUUUAUUUCGAAGAUGGAUGUAUCGAGCCAAUGACGGCUGAUGCUAUCAGAGCUUUCGGCGGUCGCGACUGGUCCACGACUGAAAGUAUCGGCACGCUUUCGCCGACGAGUAGCAGUGCUCUCCGCAAACGAAACGUUAAAGGGAAAAAAACGAAAUCUAUCGGCAAUAUUCACGCGUUAACAAAGGAUCUAAGCCUAAAACAAUAUGACACUUCGUCUCCGGAGGGAGGCUUAACAGUGGCCCCUUCUCGGCAUAUUACGGGUAGUAGAGAAUCCUUGACGAGAAUCAUACCAGCAUCCCCACGGUCUACCAGAGAUCGAGUUCCCCCACGUAGUCCUCCUGGAUCCGCCGAACGAAUUAUUAGUUCCAACUUGCCUUACUCCACCUUUCAAAGCCUAUUAUGCGUCGCCAGGGACAAGGAUAAAAACGGAUCUGGAAUGUCAGGUGGAGUGGAAGCACCUUGGCAAGUGAAGGCACGUGCCACUUCCAUAAUGUAUGAAACUCAGUUGAACUUCGUCGAGUUCGUCGCGUUGUUCCGUUCGUUCAGCCUGAGAGCAAGAAAGGAUUUACGCGACCUAUUCGGCCAACUGGCGAUCACUUGUCGUAGUCAAAGCGACGGUUCUUUGAGAGACUUUAACGUACGGCCGCCUGUGUUGAGGCAAACCAGUGACGCAACCCCUCAACGAAUCGGUCUCUUGACGAGAAAUAACUCCAUAGACUGUCACGAGUACAAAACCAGCAGCAAUCUUCAAAAGAAACAAAUUUUCGACGCGGUGGCUGCAGCUAGCAUCGUUAAUAAUUGUUCCGGCGUUGACACUUCGAAAUCGCAAGUUAUCACCCUGGCGACGUUCACUAAGUUUUUGGAAUCUCGGCAGCAAGAAAAACUAACCGACGACGAAAUCAAGGCACUGGUUAAGCGACACGAACCGGACCCAGGACUACGUACACAAUGGUGUUUGUCUUUCGAGGGCUUUGCGCGGUACAUGAUGGACAAGGACAAUUAUGCCUUCCCAAACGAGUAUGCGACGCCGUUCGAGACUGAAAUGCAGCAGCCAUUGUCCCAGUAUUACAUCGCUAGCUCGCAUAAUACUUAUUUAACUGGUCAUCAACUCAAGGGAGAAUCUUCGGUGCAGCUUUACUCUCAGGUACUACUAACAGGAUGUAGGUGUGUAGAGCUCGAUUGCUGGGAUGGCGAUGAUGGCUCUCCCGUUAUUUACCAUGGUCACACCUUCACUACCAAGAUACCAUUUCGCUUGGUCGUAGAGGCGAUUGAUAGAAGUGCUUUCGUCAGUUCUCCAUAUCCCGUGAUUCUCUCCAUCGAGAAUCAUUGUUCACAGAGUCAACAAGCUCGAAUGGCCCAAAUAUUUCAAUCGGUAUUUGGAGAAAAACUGGUGACAAAGUUCUUGUUUGAGACGGACUUUAGCGACGACCCUCAACUGCCAUCGCCAUCGCAAUUGCGCUACCGAAUAUUAAUCAAAAACAAGAAGAUGGUGGUAGAACCCGCUGGUCCUUUGACGCACGCUCCCUUGAGUCAUCGUGGAAAAAUGCUCAUGUCCGAUCGAGCUUCGUCUAUGAAACAAAUGCGCACCGACGUAAGCAGCGCUUCCGUCGUCGAAUAUUUCAGCGAAGACGACGACGAUGAGGAAGAUGACGAUGAAGAUGACAAUAUCGAUGAUAACUCCAUUUCCAGCUACGAAAGAUAUUUGGGUGGGAUGCAGGUGCCCCAUGGUCGAUUAAAGUCAGAUUCCGCGGUCGACGAUAAAUCGCAAAAACAAAGUAGCCAAAUUGCCAAAGAACUUUCGGAUUUGGUGAUUUACUUGCAAGCUAUUAAAUUUCGUGGGCUGAACACUACACCGGGAACAGCAGCCACUGGGAAGGUGCGACAUCAACCGCACACUGGACCGGUUCAAAGACACAGCAUCGCUGGAAUAGGAGCUACCAGCAUCGGUGCCUCUUCCGGAUCGCCACAGUCUUUAUCGACAUCGGCUUCGCUCGCAAGCGGCGGCAGCAAUAUUGAAAAUCUCUUCAGAUUCACGCGCGGAGUUCCAGCCUGCUUUCAAUGUUCUUCGUUGAAUGAAAGCACAGCGAAGAAGAUUUGCAGAAAACAACCUUUAGGGGUUGUCGCCCAUGCAGAAACUCAGUUAAUACGAACGUAUCCGGCUGGGAUGCGUAUCGAUUCGACGAAUUUCAAUCCCGUAAUCUUUUGGGCCUUUGGUAUUCAAAUGGUAGCACUAAAUUACCAAACCGACGACGCCGGAUUAAAUUUAAACGCCGCUAUGUUCGAGCAAAAUGGGCAAUGUGGAUACGUUAGGAAACCUUCGGUUAUGUGGGACAAAGGCCAUAUGAUGUAUAGACGCUUCAAUCCUUGGGAUAAAGAAUUCGACGGGCUACAUUCGGCACACCUGACGCUUUCAAUAGUCUCUGGCCAGUAUGUUUCCCCAACAAAUUUCGUCGCCAGCACGUACGUCGAAAUCGAACUAGUCGGCAUUCCGAUCGACUGUGCCAAGCAUAAAACGAAAAUAAUACAAAACAACGCGCUGAAUCCUAUUUGGAACGAGAAAUUUUGCUUUCAAGUAAUGUUCAAAGACCUCGCCUUUCUGCGUUUCGGCAUCGUCGAAGCAAGUUCCCAUCAUUUGAUCGCCCAAAGGGUCAUUCCGCUAAAAUGCUUGAAGCCCGGCUACAGACACGUGCGUUUGCGUUCCUGUAAGAACAAACCUUUGGCUCUGUCCACGCUGUUCAUUUAUUCCCGUUUGGAAGAGGAGAGUCUCGAUUAUAACACGUGUUGCCGUGAUCACAAAGAAUCGUCGAAGCGGCCAUCGUCGGGUAAGGAACCGGAAAAAUUGACUACGGUGGAUCCCGGAUUAGGUGGAGUGACGCUGAAGAGAAGAAUGUUCUUCCUAAUGGUUUAUCACGUGAUACCGGAGGAACCGUACACUAUAUUAAAAGUGACGCAGGAGAGUACGACGCAAGAGGUAAUGUUGCAAGCUCUUCAGAAAGCCGGAAUAUCCGCGGAUCGAGUCGACGAAUACAUUUUGGUGGAAGAAGUCUCUCGUGGUUGGGAGAAAAGAGACAGGGAAGAACUUCCAACUCAACGCGUAUUAGAUCCAACGGAGCACCCGUUGCAAGCGCAGGCUUUAUGGAAAGGGCAGGGGCGUUUCCUCUUGAAGAGGGUAGGCGACGAUCCUAGCAGCAGAGCCUGGCUGGCUUCUAUAAGGAGUACAGCCGGACACUCGAAGCUCGACUCCGAAAGAGACACGUCCACGCAUAUCUGGGACGAAGCUGACACCUUCUUAGUUUGCAUUUAUAACGUUUCGCCGGAUAUACCGUACGCGAUACUUCGCGUUCCUGUAAGCAGUUCCGCUCAAGAUGUUCUAGCUCAGGCUUUGGUGAAGGCCAGAAGAAUGGAGGAUCCGAUGAAGUUCGCUUUGGUGGAAGAACUCGAAUGGGGAGGAGCUGGAGCCGUUGGUAGUGGCAGUCGACAAUUGAGAGUUUUACGCGAUGACGAGAACGUGUACAGUACUCAAGCCUUUUGGAAGACGCUCGGAAGAUUCAUUCUAAGAGAAAGGGAACAAGCAAUACCGAGGCGGCAUCUGUUGCCAGCCACUUUGGAUAGGCUCAGCAAAGGUUUCUCCGUAGGAAGAUCGGUCUCCUUGCCAGGUUCCAGCAAGGAGAAGAUGCCUGUCUCGGAAGCGCUUUCCGAUCCAACUUCCAGGGGGCUGAGACAUCGUCUACUGAUGCACGGUCGUAGGAGGGAAGUUCACUCCGAUGGCGAAGAUAUUCGCGAGUCUGAUAUUUUAAACGCGGCCCUUCACUUGAAGAAGGUAUCUUUAAGAAAAUUAAGGGUUUGGAAGUCAUAGUGGCAGUCAAGGGCGACAUCGAUUUCAUCGAUCUUCGCCACUCGGAAAAACCAACAGUAAGUUACGAUAAAUCGUCGCGUUCGAGGUAAAUCGAAUCUUCGGAAGGCAAAUGCGAAAUUAUCCGACGCUUUUCAGGCGAUGUUUGACGAAAGAAACCUCGAAUAUCGUUCGUAUCGUUUCGAAAAGAAAAAAAAAAAAAGAAAGAAAAAACAACUCCACCAGUAAUCAGCAUUCAAACGUUACGAUAUAAAUGAUAAAUAAGCGAAAAGAUGCCUAAUUAUACUCGACACUGCUUCUUGAUUCUGCAUAAUCUGAGUCUUUAAACCGUUACUUGGAGACAAAACCGGUGUUGAUGACAAACGGUAUCAUCGGUACAGACAGAGUUUGAUUGGACGUGAAAUUGUAAACUACGCGCAUCCGGAGUAUAAGAAUAGCUUUAAAAAAGAAAGCCAAACUACCGAUACGUUCGAACAAUCCUGUUAACACGUUUACCCGCUGCCCAAAAAUUUUACAUAACGACGUGUUUAUCUCAUCUUCGUUCAAACUCUAAAAGUUAAUUUUAUCGUAUGCUUGAUCAUUUUUAAUUUUACGAUCACGCUUCUCUAGUCAUAUUAGUAUUAUCGCGUAAAUGUACAAAAGCGUAAUCUCGCAUAAUCCGCAAAACGUCAGUUCCUCGAAGAAAAAUUAGAAUUAUGAGAUUCAACGGAUUCCGGUGAAUUUCCAAAGAAUUUCCAAAGAAUGGCAAAGAAGUAAUAUUUUUAAUCGCAAAGUUUAGUUCGAUUAGAUUGAUUUUUUUCAUUGUAAAUUAAUGUAAAUCUCUUUUCCAUAUUUUUUUAUAUACAUGUAUAUAUUUUCUAAUCUAUAUAAUAUAUUUUAAUACACGUAUAUACCUAUACUUACGAGAAACGUUUGUGUAUAAUAUGAUGAAAGGGCUUCGUCAAUUUUAUCGAGAAUCUAGAGAAUUUUUACGACGAAAAACAUUUCCUAACCGGUUAAUUUUAUUUCGCGAACGAAGCCAACCGACAAUUUCUAAAUGAACAUAACUUACAACAACGGGACCUGAUUCAUUUUUAUAAGUACGUAUUAACUUGUCCUUCGAAUAUAACGAUUAACGCUUGCACUUUAAGUACCUGACUCGUUUUUAGAAGUUAUUUUAUUCAUAAUAAUCCUUAAUUAUUAUGAAUAUCACGAUCGAUAUACGUGUGAAUGUCGAUCAUGCAGUCAUAAGUAUUCGUUUUUAUCUUAUCAGGAUACGUUCCUACGCUGCGCUUUAACGAUCGAGCAACGUUAUCUGACCUACUGCACAAAUUCUGCACAAAUUUUUAUGGAAUUCUUUUUUUUAUGAAAAAUAAUUCCUGUCUCAAAAAAAUUUUAAAACCUAUCCUCCGCUUCUUUCGAAGCAACGUCGCUUUAUUUCCUGAAAUAGUCGCUAUUGCUAUUUGUACGUCAAAUUUGUAUACGGAAAGAAGACUCUACUUGACGACAAUAACAGAUUACUUCUCUUUUUCUUUAUUUUUAUUCUUUGUAUAUACUUUGUAAGACGAAAUUUUAUACGAUACAGAGCCAGGCAGUGUGACUUUUUUUCUCCGGGCGUUUUAUCGAAGGAAAUAAAAAGUAUAUACGAAACACGUUAAACGAGUACCGUACGAAUGGAAUACGAAGUUUAUUUAUCUCAUCCGUGUAUAAAAUUCGUAUAGUACGUAACGUCCUAUUUCUUCUAUCGAUGAUUGACAAGAUUCGUCGUAUUAGCGUCUAUUGGUACUUUGAUCGAUGUUCGAUCGAUAUUUUAUUUCUACAUCGGGCUGUCCCAUCUUAUACGUAGAAAAGAAAAUAGCAGAGUAAAGUCACAGAAAGCAAGAGAAUCAGCAUCUAGGAAUGACAAAUGAGACGUCUAGUCAAGCUCUAUCGUCGAUGUUUAAAGGUGCGCUUCAAGUAAAACGUAACUAAAUUAUUUUACGAAUACGACGCUAAGCUCGUCCACGAUUAAGCAAGCAGCGUGCUAGCAGAAAGAUUCAUCGUAAGGUAAAGUUCUCGAAAUCGCAAUGAAGUAAGUUAAAGUUAUAAAGUGAAUUACCUGUUACAGUUAGUAUUUAAAUAGAAAAAAAAUCUAUGAAACAGCAGUAUUAUUUGCAUAUUCCCAUUGACUGCGCGGAUCAUAUUCUGCGCAAGAAUCGUUCUAGUCUACACGUACUUGCGGCGAUUUGUUUGAAUUAUUCGUUUGUUACGAAGACGCAGUGCUGGCAAUAUAUGUAUGUACAUAAUUACAUUAUCUUCUCGGUUAUUGUAUCUAACGAAGCGUACGAUCGGAUUUUCUGUAACGAAAACUCUCGAACGAGAAAUAUUAACCCGCGUGAAGUUGCUACUCAGAAGUCAUAUUUAUUAUAAUGUUGUUGAUACUGAAGAAAAAAAGCGAGAAAGUAGAGUCGUCGGUGUUACUUUUACAAUCAUUGCCUCCCUACUCCUGGAGCGUUAAGCGAAUACAAUUAUAGAUUAUAAAUAUGAGACCAAGGAGUAUCGAUUCUUUUUCACUCUUAAACGUCGUUCCGAUCGUUCGAAGGAUCGUUGUGCUCCGCUCGGUUUCGAGUCUUUCGUCGGAACCUUUUGCCUAAUUUUCAUGAUAUAAUUCUAUAUACAAUAGGUGGAAAUAAUUAGCGAAAAAGAUAAUAUUAUAAAAUCUAUCUACCGUGGACCAGCAACGUCACGAUUAAAGAUUAUCCUUUGUCUUCCAUGUAUUUAUCCUAACGAAGCAUACGGUAGUUUCAACGAAUCGUGACAAACAAUUUCGGAAUACGCACGAUCUUCCUCUCGACCUUCGAUUCUAGAAGCGGCAAACGUCGUUCUGUGAGAAAAUUUGUCGGCCGUUUUCAUUUGACCGAGCGAACCACUUUUUAAAAACAUUCCUAAAUACUUGCGAUAUUUUGUCUUAUAGGAUGCCGUUUUCACGAUAAUACAAAGAUGAUGUUUCCGAAUAACUUCGUGACGUUACUGCGCUCCUUGAUAUAUUUUUGGACACCACUUCAUUCAUCCAUCUUUUACCCGUUUUUUCGAGUCUAUCUAACGAUCGUAUAUCACGAGACGAGGCAAAAUUCGAUGGUUACAUCGCGAACCACAAUAGAUAUCGUGGUUCGCUAAUUAUAUACGUGUUUGCAACAAGACUUGCUCGAAAGUAAAACUCAUUUUUAAUACGCGGAUUUUAUUCCAAAAUUUGCUAACGUUUAACAAUAGUAAAGUCAUUGAUCGAUUUUAGGUACAACUUAUAAAAGAGGAAACAAGAAAAAUACAUGUGUAUUUGUUGUAAUUACGAGGUAAACGAAUUGUAUAUACAGUUAGUAAAAUGUUCACGCCUGACAAGAAGUUACCUUAAAUUUAAAUAUAAAACACUGUGUACGCUUCUGACGAUUAAAAUGAAUGCUAUUAAUAGCUUCGUUAAAAUCAAUUUUUACGCUGUAUCAAAUUGUUGCGUUACUUUAGAAAUAGCUAACACGUUAUUUUAUUGCGUUAUCUACAUUUGUAGCGUUUUGUAACAUUGUAAUAUACGUAUGUAAUAUCUUGUAACACGGUCGUAAAAACCGAUAUUCCGAACCGACUUUGAAUUACAUUAGAAACUGAUACAAAUUUCCUUUUGUCGUUAGAUUCGCGAUGACCAAAAUUCAACUCUGUAUGACUCUGUAUGAAAAAAAAAAAACAACUACCUUGAGAUUGCGUUGUUCUUGAAAAAUUUACGAAAAUAGUAGGAAAUUUUGUAAAAAAUCUCGGCUAAAUAUUAUAUCGAUUCGAUGUGAUCGAAACUGCAAGUGCAAUAUGUAUAUGUAUGUAUGUAUAUUGUAUAAAUAUAUGGUAUAAAUACUUGGAUAAGUAUUUAUAUGAUAUCUAUGCAUCUGUCGAUUCAACGUGUCGUUGAGCAUUAAUUUCAUUCGUUUUAAUGUGUAACCUUUGUUCAAACGUAACGUACGCCACGUUAAUAACGUUUCAUGGUAACGCAAGGUUUUUUUACGAACAAAAUACACGAGAGAGAGAGAGAGAGAGAGAGAGAGAGAGGGAGAGAGAGAGAGCACAUUUACACACCGAAACAGUAUUUACGUAGCGUAAAGCAACUAUCGUGCAACAUUUUGUACAUACAUAGAGGCAAACAAGGGCUACUAAUAACGGUAAUUAAAUGUUGUAGUUGAAUUCGAUGCUCCUUGAGUCUCGGAUAAAACCCCCGCAUCGAGAAUAUCAUCGAUUACAACGGACGUCUUUCGAACGGUAGAACAGGAAUACUACAGCGAUAGUUCUUGAAUCGAGUUAUUAUUUGUUGUUGAACAUUUCAGAAGCAUUCGCGUCGCUACGGACUUACACGAAAUAUCUAUAUUAGACGAUAUUAGAAUCGUUGAUCUCUCGAAUUAACGUCGACUUACGAAGAUCGAAUUACGGUAAUAACACGUAUCGCGUAAUCAGCCUGUUUGCUAUGGAACAGCAAGAUUCUUUGAAAUUGUUUUCUCGUGAUUCCGUCAAUUCGUCGAUCGUAACGGCGCUUGUGCUUGGAAGUCCCUUCUUUACGGCUGAUUCCGAAAUAUCUGUUGAGAAUAUUUAUAAGACGGAAGCUACGUUGUAUUCCACUAGAAAGAAACAACUACUUCUUAAAACUUUUGGGACCACGCUCGUUAAUCGUAUUUUCCAACGAGCUCUGAACGGCCGCCACUUCAACGUAAACGAUGCAGUAUUCAAUUUCUUUUCGUCGAUAAAACCGUAAUGAUUGAAAUGAAAUUCGAGGGGAAAUUCGAGGGAAAAUUUCAGGGGAAAAUCUAAGGGGACAAAGAGCAGAGAAGGAGAUCGAGCAGCCCGAAAUUCACGUUCGACGAGAUUUAAAAACACGCGAUCGAGUUUUACGAACGUGCGUACUCGGCACGCGCGUGGGAACAUCAAAGCGUUCUCUCUUCGUCUUCCGAUCGCGCGAAACUUUGAACGUCAAAUCGUAGAAACGAACGAUUCUGUCUUUGUUGCUCCUAGCAAGGAAACCAAGGAAGACAACGUCGCUCGUCCGCGUUCGGUACGAAGAAACGCAUCUGACAACGCUUACGCGCGUCUCGCGAAUCCCGACCGUCUAUCAUUAAAACUCGAUACGAUCGUUUCGAAUAAACAUUACGACGAGUUACUGAGACGAAAAGGACGAUGCGUAGAUCGUGAACAUUUUGCAUUGUUCUACAUCAAAUCGAUAAGAUCGGUCGUGUUCGGAACGAGACAAUGGGAACAAUAUAAAUUGAGCUGAUCCACUCGAUUAUCCUUUUUCGAUCGAGUCGAAUUCGAGGGAUAUAAAAGUUGCGUGCAUACGAAAGAAACGUAUAUCCUGUAUCGAUCGGGCAUAUAACUGUUGUACAUAUCCGUGGUUCUUCGGUAACUGUUGUGUUAAAAUAUCUGCGCGUAAUAUAUAAACGAUACAUAAAUGAAUAUAAAUUAUAUGCAUUUGCGCGUGUAUGUAUAUAAAAAAGUAUUCUUACAUGGCUACAUAUGCGUGGGUGCAUAUACUUCUGGCAUACCGACGCACGCAUGCAUCCAGAGAGCAGAUGUACUGGCUGAUUCGAUAACAAUCGAUGGAGCAAACUGCAUGUACUCGAGUAUAAAAACGUUGCAUUUCGUUCUAACGAUGGAAACUCACGCGUACCUAUAUUAAAUUAGAUAUAAAAAGCGAAGCGACUUGCUAGGCAUUUUCUAAUAAAACUUACGUAUUACUAUCGUACGACGCGUUAUUGUUACUAUUACGUAGCGGUAACUUCGCAAACUCCCGCGAGCUUCGCUUUCGUCUCUUGUAAAGACGCGUUGGAUGCGAAAUAAAAUUUGCAUUUGUAGUCGAAACGUAUAAUUAAUAACCGCAUUAACAGGGAAGAACCAACGUUUCGUCGGACGAUCGGAUGCGCAACACGAACGAGUUAAACUAAAUAAAAAGUAAAGCUAACUAAUUCGAAGUAGCAAGCAUUCGGAGCAACGAUCGUUAUCGGAUCGAGCCGUACGCGUUGCACUCAACGGCUACGAAUUAUAUACUGCACUUUUGUACGGUAUGCGAUUCGAAGUCGAAUAAAAAUUACAAAGAAAAAGAGUUAAUAGCAAAAAAAGAAAAAAGCGUUGAUAAGAAGAAACAGUUUAAAACGUUUCUGCCGCGUGUCCAGGCUGGUCCGGCCACGGCUGUUGAUCUAUCAAAUUGAAAUAUAUAAAUAUAUAUAUAUAUACAUAAAUAAAUGUAUAUAUAUUUAUAUAUAAACGAGAUGUCUUUUUCAUAAGUGUGAAUUUUAUGAUAUAUAUAUAUACAUAUAUUACAUAUAUGUAUUAACUAAUAUACAUACGUAUAUAUAUAUAUAUAAUAGAAUGUGGGUCGUUUUCGCUGCAUUCUCAUUGACCGCUUUUCGAUGCAUUGUCAGUAAAUUAGGUCGUUGCCACUGCUGAUAUCGAUCGCGCGUACAAGUCAUUAAACGAUUAACCGAUUCGUUGAGUCUUCGCCGAAUAAUAGUAACGUAACCAGCUGGAAGAAGUGACUUCGAAAUAGCAUUAAAAACGAUCGUUCCUAUGGAAUUUCGAUUAGCUUUACCUUUCGUUUCCUGCUAAAAGAGAUAUUGCUUCGUUUACGACUAAUAUGCUUCUUUCGUAUUUCGUUCUCUUACACCAGAGAAAUUGAGUAUCGAUUCUGUCUCGUUUUUACAAAGCUAUGUAAAUACGUCUACCGCUUUACAUCGAUUUCUGUCACGAUAAAUUGAUACAAUUUACGAGUGAUUCGUUAUAGGUAUAUGUAAUGGGCUCUUAAUUAUUAGAAACAUAAUAGCGAUCGUUAAUGUAACAAUGACUGUUCAAAUUUUUCAAUGAAAUAUAUAUAUAUAUAUAAAUGGAAAUUCUAAACAUUCGUUGAUAAAAAUUACAGAAUUACAGAUAAAAAUCACACUUCGUGACUUAAAAUUACAGAAUAUUUUUUUACGUCUUAUGUUUUUUUAAAAAAAACUAUCACGGAAAUACGUGAGUUAAAAGUUUGUUUGGUACGCGUUGUCGCGUUACUUUUACUGCAAACGUAAUCGCGAUAUACGUACGUUGAAUUUUAUGUUACGAUAAAACUUAAAGGUAUCUUUCCUACCUAUUAAAUUGUUAAUGAAAUUUUCAUUCGACUUAUAUUAUAAUUCGAUUAUAUAUUACAGCCACGUGCCAAAUUAGGCAAAUUCAAAAACGACGAAUUAUACUUUCCUCCGAUAAAAAUAAAGAAAUAAACACCAGAAAUUUUUCAUUAAAUAUCUUAUACGUUAUUUAUACACGUUUAUUCUGCGUAAUAUUACCUUUUCCUUCUGUUAUUUUAAAUCCGUUAAAAAAUAUACAUACCUUUAAAACUAUACUCGAUAGCGACCUGCAGAAAAAUCAUUUUUUCUAGGUAUGUAGGUACUGCGCGUUCUGGUUAUGUAACGACUUAACGUUGUAGAGCAUUCGCGUAAAUGUUAACACUGCAUUUGGUAAUAAAUAUAUUCAAAGAAAUUAUAGGUCGUAACAGUCUCGCGAAGACAACUCGAUUCUAAUAAAAACGAUGCUUUAAUCUUGUGCCACGACCUAGCGUAUAAUUUAAAAAGUCCGUCAAAAUCCUUCUCAUACACAUUUUCGUUCGAUAGUUGGUCUUUUAAAUUAAGUUUUUGGAAUAUGAAAUAGCGAAUCGACGAAACAGACGUAUUCCCGUUUAGGAUUUUUACACGAUCGAAUUAUAAUUUUUCCGUCGCGUGAAGACGUUUACUAAGAAAAAGAUCUUUCGAUAAUAAUAAGUCGUCGAAUUAAAUAUUUAAACAAUUUUUCCACGUGUAAUACGAUUUCCAAAAACUUGAUCGCGUUACGUAGAACGUAAACUUUCCGAUGAGGUAUCUCUAGUCAUCUGUCAUUCGUACUCAGUUUUAGUUUCUGUGAUCGUAGGCUUUACUUUCGUUCGUAUUCUUCACAGAGUACAACAGAGUUUGUUACGAAUUGGUAGCUAUGUUCACGUUUUUAGUUGUUCGUUGAUCGAUUAAUAGAAACGCAAUUCGACGUAUUCAUAGACACGAGCAAUUUAAAAAAAAAAAGGUGUCAUAAUUACGUUAAUAGCGUUAACGCUAAUGACGAGAAGAUACGUACGUUGGAUAAAUUUCUUCGUAGAAUAUAAAGAAAAAUCAUUGUUUGCGAUAAAAGAGAAACGGCUAAAGCGAGUCGAGCGCUAUAUAAGAACGCCAUCGUCAUCGUGACAUCGUGUCCAGUACGUUGCGCUAAUAUCGAAAAACGAAAAGGUAUUAUAGAAAGAGUAAACGUAUCGGUAAAGGAAAGAUUCUUUUAUUAACAUACGCCGAUAAGCCGUAGCGUGAAUUUCGUUGUAUUUAAGCGAUAAACAAAUUUAACAAAAUUCAAGAAAACAAAAAAAAAGAGGAAAGAGAAAAGAGAAAAGAACAACAACAAUUGAAAGCGAUCGUAGCGAGUAACAUUAAGUAGUAUUCUCUCUAGCGUUAUUACAUAAACUUUCGAGUAGUGUUCGUUCUUGUUUCAAGAAUAAUGUUCGAAUAAUGGUACGCGUAAUAGCCGUAAAAAUGAAAAGGCAUGCGGUCAUCUUGACUCUACUACACGUAUAAUUUAUCUACGAUAUUGUGUUAAUAUAUCAUUGGCAUUGUUAAAAGGAGAAGAUCUACGUGUAAAUAAACAUAAAAAGCAUUUUUAUAGAUAA